AUGGCUGCACAAACUGUUGGGAAUGUGGUUGCUCUAAUGCCCAUUCCUGUGGCCAAUGUAUCAGAGGAGGCCAUGCAAGCAGUGAUGAGUAUGAGAAGGGAUGAAUUGGCAAAACUUGAAGUUGAUAAAGUGUUCCAAGCAUUUCUUUCCCCUACAUUGGAUGAUAAAUUCUUCAAUGGAGUAAGACAUGUUGGACAGGUGCACCAGAACAGCUACGCAUUAGUGGUGAGUACAGAGAAUCUUACCCAAAACUGCUACAUGGGCAACGACCAUUCCAAGUUACUCAUCAAUUGCGCUUUCCGUAUUGGUGGUGCUGCCAUCCUCCUCUCCAACCGGCCGUUGGAUCGCCACUCCUCCAAGUAUCAACUCAUCCACACCGUCCAAACCCACAUGGCAAGUUCUGACCGUUCAUACAACUGCAUCUUCCAAGAAGAAGAUCAAGAUGGACUCGUGGGAGUCACCGUGACCAAAGAUCUAUUAGUCACUGCAUCCAAAGCCAUCCAAUCCAACAUAAGCACAUUGGGUCCCCUAGUCCUUCCCGUAUCGGAACAACUCCUGUAUUUCGUCAACUACAUCAUAAGGUCCCUCCAUGUGGCAAAGAUCCAGCCCUAUGUUCCUAAUUUGAAGAAGUCUUUCAAUCACUUCUUGCCACAUGUUGGCGCGAAACCGGUUCUAGACGAACUGCAGAGGAGUUUGAAGUUGACCGAGGAUGACAUGGAAGCUUCUAGAAUGACGUUGUAUAGGUUCGGGAAUACAUCUAGUAGUACGGUGUGGUAUGAAUUGGCUUAUGUUGAAGCCAAGGGGAGGAUCAAGUACGGUGAUCAGGUAUGGCAUAUGGCCUUUGGAUCUGGGUUUAAGUGUACUAGUGUGGUUUGGCGAGCCAUCAGGACCGUUGACCUCGAGGUGAUGAAUCCGUGGAAUGAUGAGAUUGAUGAGUUUCCUAUGGACCUCAACAACAUUGCACCAUUCAAUAACUUCUUUGAACGUACAAAUUGAUACCAUUUCAACAAAUCAAUGGUGGGAAGGGUGGUGAUCAAUGCUAUAUUUGUUUAAUUUUAUUGUCUUUUUUAAAAAUAAAAAUAAAAAAAACCUUGUUGGUAGUUGUUGAUCUAGAACUUUAUGCAAUAGCAAUUCAGUUUGUUAUGUAAAACCUAUGCUU